CUCCGAAAGAGGCGCUUUCGAGAAGUUCUCCAAAUGCGCCGGCUGCAUGCUGUUGUGUCCGCUGCCUACCUAUCUAUCCUCAUUGAUGGCGCUCGUUUGCUACUUUCUUAGGCCUUCUCUGCCUCUCUGCAUCCCGCUUCGUCCGCAAGAGCGUCCCUGGUCCUGAAGUCCCCCACGCACUCGGGCAAACCAUUGCUCUAUUCAUCUACCAUUGAUUACGCUAUCGACGUUCGCGUACAGUCCCCGGAGUCGCCUGUAGCCUUGUCGAAGAAGAGACAAGAAAGGAUGUCUUCUGGAACCAUGAAAGAAACGCUCAAGGCGUUGAAUAACGUCUUCUCCUCCCCCGAAACCUUCGAGACUCUUCCUGAUGAGCUCAUUGCUACGAUUGAAUCUUUUCUGGACAAUUACCAUGGCAUUGAUGAACAUGACUCUCAGCGUCUUCAUGAAGAGCUACUAUCCAUACACAAGAAAUAUGUCGCCGACUUCCCACUCAAGCGUGCAGCCUUUCUCGGUAUGCUGACACGAAUACGGCCGGCAAUUCGAGGAGACGAACGAUUAUCGGAGUGGUGGAAUCUGGUGAUUGCCCCAACCAUUAAUGCUGUUGGGCACAAAAGAGACGAAGUGGAAUAUGCAAGAGAAUUUCUGCUUGGUGUCAUGAGUUUCGAUUCAGACGAGGAUGACUAUGGAGAGAAGGCAGAGACCUCCUCACGCUUUUGUCGGCGACUCUUGGACGCAUAUUUGGAAAGGACGCGCAUACCGUCAAGUAGUAGUGACCCGGUGUCGCCAGUAGAUGAGUUCAUUGCACAUGAACUAGAAUCUAUACUAGUAUCGUUUGGUCGCAAAAAACCGAGGGAGCUUCUCCAAUCGCUCAAUAGCUUGUUCGUUCAGGUAGAACACCGCGCGCAGAUCCUUGGUCUCAUGAGUGCGUUUGUACGGACUCAACCGCCGCACUUAUACUACGUAUUGGAUACCUCGCUGAUCCAAAACCUACUCAUCUGCCUCAUGAAAGAGACGUCAAGCACCAUUGUCGAGCUUGCGCUCACUGUGCUAAUCAUGCUCCUCCCCCAUAUUACAAAUAGCAUGAAACAACAUAUGGCUAGACUCUUUCUAGUAUACGUUCGAAUACUAUGCUGGGAUAUCGUUGUGGACUCGAAGGUGUCGGAGGGCCAUGAGCCUUCGUCUGUCUCAAACCUACAAUCCUUCAUCAGCCAGUGUGCGGCUGACCUUGCUCAAGAGGUCAACCCUGGGCACUCCUGGAUCACACUGGAUCGAAGCUUUGAACAAUCGCGAACAUGCAAUCCUCCACUAGUCCAUUACUUCACAUUCCUGUACGGCUUGUUUCCACUCAACUUCAUGAGCUUCAUCCGCAAAUCAAGGAAAUGGCUCAAAGGCCAUAACUUUCCUCGAGCUGACGAAUUCGAAUUCAACCAAGACAUUAUCCAAAGUCGAUCUCAAGAGUAUCGCAUGGUUCACUUGCUACACCCUAACUUCUACAUCACCACUGUAGAGGACGAGCUGACUGACAACCGCUAUCUGAACAGUGAUCCGGCGGAUGUAGUCACGGAAUGUAUGGGACUAUGUGUUGCUGUAUCUAGUAACCUUGACGACCCAGGACCUCCUCCCACAUCGAAACUUCCUGUACCCCCUGGGGGUCCUGGACCCAUUGCCGAUGCAGCGUCCAUUACGAUGGUUGCAGAUGACGAUACUCUUGCUGCUGAUUCGGUACAAAUGUCUCAGACUCAGUCAGUAAUCAAAGGAUCACCUGUUGUCCAUUCAUCCUGGCAGUCUGUCGACGACAGUGCUACGACUCGAAAGAACUCUCAAACUAGUCUUUACAAAUCACCAUCCAAGACAUCGACGAUAGCUUCGCCCUUGUUGAAGCCUCAUGACAGUCCCACCCUACCUGGAAGAGCGAGUGACUUACAUCUACCCGAGAAAGAUCUCCUGCCUCUGGUCAACAGAAUCACGAACCAAGCUCCAGAGAAGCUCGAGGCCUUUGCCCAAUUGUUAUCCAGUGGUCGUAUUUGCAAUUCCUCAAGUAUAUUGUCUGAGCACGAGACUCAAAGUAUGGUCUCGCUGCAGCGAGAAGUCAUGCUUCUUCGUAACGACCUCAACUUUGAGCGCUAUCUGAAGCAUCAGCACCUUGCCCACAUUGGUCAACUGCAGCGUAAAAAUCUCAAGGAGGCAACGGCGGAGGCACAGACCCAGAAUCUGAUCAACACGAAUCGCGCACUCAAAGCCAAGUUGACCAAAUCAGACGAGUUAAAUGCUCAGCUGAAGAAAGAGUUUGCCACGAGCCGAGGACAAUCACGUAAAGUCGAGGAUCAGAUCAGUACAAAACUCAAACAAUUGAAGGAAGAUCAGAAAUCAUGGCGAGCUGAUGGGGAAGCAUUGCGUUUCGAGUUGAACAAGACACAAGACGAUUGCAGCAGAUUAAAGAAACUUGUUGACGACAGCGAUGCACGCGAGCUCCGCUCUCAGCAUCAACUUCGAGCCCUAGACAGUGAUCUCGGCGAGCUUGAUGCAUUACGUUCAGAAGCAAGCAAGCUACGUGUGCAGUUGCGAGAGGCCCAGUUUCGUGAGCAAAUACCCCGUCAAAUUGGUGAGGAGCGCCAACAACUCCGCAAUGACCUCGAAGUUGCCAAUAUGAAGCUCACGAGCCGCGACAAGGAACGUGAGAAAACGAUACAAGGAUAUGAGCGAUACAUUGCUGAACUUGAAUCACGUCUUCACAAUGAACACGGGCUUCCUCAAGAGCUGAUCGAAGUCGGGAAUCUACCUCCCGCAGUCCAACAAAUGAUCGAUUCAGCACUUGCCUCGAGCCAUGCUAAGUUGCAACAGCUUAAAAAGACGCAUAGUCGGCUGCAUGAUCGUUACAUCGAACUGGAAAUGCGAUCUCACGAGAUCGAACGCGAGCGCGAGCGUGAUCGCGAAUAUCCCGCUCCUGUAAUGCGUAGUAUUAGUAUCCCUUCGACAAGUGGGCGGACAACGCCUUCUCGCGAUCCUAUGACCCUAGGCACAUCCCUCUCCUCAACUCGUCGACCGGGAAGUCGUGCGAGCGCUAGCCAAGCUACACGUUUUGCACGCGUCCCGGAAGAUAUCAACUCAGAUGAGGACAAUUUUCACUCCGAGUACAACAACUCGCAGCUCAAUCCCUCGUUCGAAUUUCAAUCCCAUCUGAAUCAACAGGAGGGCAUGCGUGCUGCCCGGCCUGUCCGAUCCGAAUCUUCGCAACAAACCCAGGCCAACAUUCACCAUUAUUCUCAUCCACAAAGUCAAGUGCCCUUGCAACAGCAGGCAGUAUGGCAGUCCUCUUCGACUUACAGCGAUGCUCAGCACUCACCUCGAAAUACUGGUUCAGCCUACGAGACUGCAUUGGACGCAAGCUUCAAUACGACGCCUCCCUCUGUAUCGUCGGAGCCGGUCACGAGUAGUGCGAAGAGCACCAUGAGUUGGGACAGCUCCGAAAAGCGAGAAGGGAAGAAAGAUAAGAUUGCACCAGAAAGCAAGGUGCGAGUAUAUGGCAGAGGUGGUGCACAGAACAUCGGCGUAAAAAAGAAAGAGAAAGAGGCUAAAGGUAAAGAUAAGGACAGAGAGAAGACCAACAAGAGCGGCGGCUUCCGUGGUCUCAGAGGGAUAAUGUAGAAUAAGAGCAAGUAACGUGUGAUGCUGUGAUGUAAAAGUCGGAGGCGUGUAACAGUUGUAUAAUAUCAUGAUCCUAGGGCCAUGCUGAGAGACAUCUGUAGCAUAGCCAUCUGUCCUCGUAACACGUUUCUAAUGUCAUAUUGUAUCUAUGCCUAAUGAGGAAAGACUAUAUGCUCUCUUGUAUAAUACCAUUAUGCAGCU